GAAGAGUGUACCGAGUGCUUCUUCAUGACAUUUCUCUCAAGCGGAACGAUUCCUUCAAGCAGACUAUACGCAUAUCUUGCCAAAUGACAGAACGAACGUAUUUUCGUUGGCGUGUUCGUUUUAAGAAGAAAAACGCGUGUGACCACGCAGCUAUUAAAAUGGGCGACCCGAAGGCUCAGCACGGUACACAGGAGAUGAAAGGCUGGCUGUUUAAAUGGACUAAUUAUUUAAAAGGUUACCAGCGAAGGUGGUUCGUCCUGUCAAAUGGCCUACUGUCGUAUUACAGGGCUGAACCAACAGGGGGGCCAAAGAUAUCAACACGACGCAAGCGGAAGGCUGGCAGAGCCUCCGAAAAUCCCGCGGAGAUGUCGCACACGUGCCGCGGCACGAUAUCCUUGCACGGGGCCUUAAUACACACCGUGGACGCUUGCACGUUCGUUGUGAGCAACGGUGGUACGCAAACCUUCCAUAUCAAGGCGGCAACAGAGGUGGAGCGACAGCAAUGGGUCACGGCCCUCGAGCUGGCUAAGGCCAAGGCUAUUCAGGCUAUGGAAUCUGAAGAAGAGGAGGAGGAGUUCCAGGAUAACGAAAAUCAGAAAGCAGAGGAGGUAGCCGUGAUAAAGGACCUUUCGCAACGUUUAGACGACUUACAGGCCUGUAAUGAUUUGGUAGUGAGGAAAGGAUCCACGCUUCAGCUGGCUUUAAACGAGCUCGAAGCGUUGGAGGCUCCGUCGCCCGCUUUGGCGACAAAAAUAAAGACAGUCAGCGAACGAGCAACGCUCUUUCGUAUCGCGGCCGGUGCUAUGGUUAAUACGAGCAAUGAGUAUUUGCAACUAGCGCAACAGCAAGAGUCAAAGUGGAAGAAGAUGCUGCAACACGAGCGUGAUCAGAAAGUCCGGAUAGAGAAAAUGGUCGAGCAACUUGCCAGGCAGCAUUCCCACUUGGAGGAGGCUGCGCAACACGCCCUUCCAACAGCGGUAACAGCAGGGGGGCACAGAUCUUCUCAUACAACAGUUGCAACUUCCCCAUCAGAGGACGAGGAGGAUAAUGCAGAAUUUUAUGAUGCACAAGAAUCUGAUACUUUUACUCUAAAUAUAUCUGGUGUCCAAACUAACAAUUCAAGAGAUCGAACCGAUUCUCAAGGUAGUGAUGAUGGUUCUAGUUCUGAAGGAGACCAAACACCUUUGUCUUUAUCAGACACUGCUCCUGCUAAUUCCUUUCGUAUUGUGACCGAUUCUACAGUAGUAACUCCCACCACUGCUGCAAACACCGACAAUCUGGACAAUACAAAUUGGGAAUCCAACAAUGGCAGCAGUGGCAGCUCCGGGGUGACAGGUUGUAGACGAAAAAGGAGGACAAGGGUACCUGAGAAACCAAAUUAUCCCUUAAAUUUAUGGAGUAUUAUGAAAAAUUGCAUUGGUAAAGAUUUAUCAAAAAUUCCAAUGCCUGUCAAUUUUUCUGAGCCACUUAGUAUGCUUCAACGGCUUACAGAAGAUUAUGAAUAUGCAGAUAUUCUUGACAGGGCAGCGGAGUGUACAGAUAGCUGUGAACAAAUGGCUUAUGUUGCUGCAUUUACUAUAUCUAGCUAUUCCACAACUGCUUCCAGAACUGGAAAACCUUUCAAUCCUUUGUUAGGUGAAACAUUUGAGUGUGAUCGCGUUGAAGAUUUAGGAUGGCGCGCGAUUUCAGAACAAGUGUCGCAUCACCCUCCGAUGUUAGCGCAACAUUGCGAGGGCCGAAAAUGGCGUUGUUGGCAAGAAUUUACUAUGGCGUCUAAAUUCCGCGGAAAAUACCUCCAAGUAAUACCAUUAGGAACUGCUCACCUUGAGAUGGACGGUGGUACACAACAUUACACGUGGCGAAAAGUCACGACUACAGUACACAAUAUAAUAGUAGGAAAAUUAUGGGUUGAUCAGAGUGGCGAUACGGAUAUUGUAAAUCACAAAGAGGGUAUUAAGUGCCAUUUAAAGUACACGCCCUAUUCAUACUUUGCAAGAGAUAGUCAGCGUAAAGUAAAAGGAAUAGUCAUGAAUUCAAACAAUGAAGUUAAGUGGGUUGUGCAAGGUACAUGGGACUCAAAGAUAGAAAUUGCACCUGUGAUCAGUACAUCUGGCACGCCGGAUAAUCCAGUAUAUAAAACAGGACCUUAUAUACUCGCAUGGAAGCGCCGUAUGCCACCUGAUGAUAGUGACAAGUAUUACAAUUUUACGGAAUUAGCAUGUCAACUGAACGAACCUGAGGAAGGAGUAGCUCCCACAGAUUCUCGGUUUAGGCCUGAUCAAAGAUUAAUGGAAAAUGGUCAAUGGGACGAAGCAAAUGCAGAGAAACUUCGAUUAGAAGAAAAACAAAGAGCUGUUCGACGUGCUAGGGAACACGAAGCCGAGAAAGCAGCUUGCCAAGGUUUUCCGUAUGAAGUUUAUGAACCAUUAUGGUUUAAGAAAGAGCAGGAUCCAUAUACGGACAGUCUGUGCUACAUAUACGGUGGUGAAUAUUGGGAGUGUAAGAGUAAAGGUGAUUGGUCACGAUGUCCACACAUAUUUUAGCUUAUUAUAUAAUUAUAUCAAUUAAUAUUGUGACCGCCAAUAUACAGUGCAGAAAUGUUUGGAUUUGUUUUAAGUGAAGAUAGCCGAUUUUAGAAAUCACUUUCGUGAAGAUCACUGCUUCUAAAGAAAAAAAAAUGCUGAAGUGAUAGAGCGGGGUUGUUAGGUGACAUGGUUCAGACACUAUUUCUUCCAAUGAACUGGUCGAAGUUGGCAUUCUGACACAUAAAACGAGCGUUUUUUGUAGUAUAUCAUUACCUCCAUUAUCCUAUACAUCCUUCUGUCUGUUUAUAUUACCACUGCAUCCCUCUCAUUUACUCACUUUUCUAAACAACCAGAACAUUAAUUGUAUACAAUCCACAUGGCCCAAUUAAACGCUUUACAUACGAUUUUUGUAUAGACUUGAAAAUUUUCUGUAUUUGUUACUAGGUUCUGUUACUAAGCUAAAUAUGUAAUAAUACAUUCGCAAAAAGAAAAUCCAGAUACUACUGAUAAGUAAAGUAAUUCUCAAGAAUGUUGUUAACUCAGUUUACAACUGAUAAUAGCAAUAAGAUCGAUGAUUUUUAUUACGAGAACAUUAAAACACUAGAAAUUAAAGACCAUAAUUACUGGGAGUUUAAGUUGAAAAUACGAAAACCCACUUAAGGCUAUUAAUACUACAGUAUUCAUAACUUGUUCCAAAUGAAUCUAGGUGUAAUUAAAUUGUUCUGCUUUUUUUUUUAGAAAUGGAACUGAAUUCGUAAGUUCCAACAAGAUCGAUUGUUAAACACCAACUUCGUAAAAUUGCCAUAUAAUUUUUCUGA